AUGCCUUCUAAUACUGCGGCAUGGUUGACAGCCGAAAAGGCAACUCCUCUGGAAGUUAAGCCAGCAGAAUACACGUUGCCCGGCGCCAAUGAGAUUUUAGUGAAAAAUCAUGCUGUUGCCCUAAACCUUGUUGAUUGGGCGAGACAGACAAUGGGAAACGAACUUUUUGCAUGGGUCAAAUAUCCUUGCAUUUUGGGUUCAGAUGUGGCAGGUGAGGUUGUUGAAGUCGGUCCAGGUGUCAAUAACUUCGAACUCGGGGAUAAAGUCUUGGGCUUAGCUACUGCUCUCUAUUCUAAUAGGGCAGCGGAAGCCGCUUUCCAGACGUAUACUGUUUUGCACACAAACUUGGCUUCUACCAUCCCCAGUAAAGUUUCGUAUGAAGAUGCUGCGGUAAUCCCGCUUGCUGUUGCUACUGCAGCAUGCGGGCUUUACCAAAAAGAUUACCUCGGACUACUCUAUCCAGAAGCCUCAAGGCGUUCUGCCACCGGUGAGACUAUUUUGAUCUGGGGUGGGGCCUCUAGUGUAGGAACCAAUGCUAUUCAGCUGGCUGUUGCUUCGGGCUAUGAGGUCUUUUCGACUUCCUCACCUAAGAAUUGGGACUAUCUCAAGAAACUUGGCGCUAGUCAAGUCUUCGACUACCACAGCCGUACUGUCGUCGAGGACAUUUCCAAGGCCUUUAUUGGCAGGAAGAGUGUUGGAGCGCUAGCUAUCGGUCAAAACACUGCAGGUCCAUGUUCUGAAAUCGUAGCUAAGGUGGGAGGUAAAAAGUUCGUUGCGAGCGCAAAUGCACCACCUGCAGAGCUGCCAGAAGGAGUCAGCUCCAAGUUCAUCUUACUUAGUGAGCUAAGGAGCAGUGGAGUUGAGGAAGCGGUCUUCGGAAAUUUCAUUCCAGCUGGACUCAAGAACGGCUCCUUCGUCCCAUCGCCUCCUUCGCGCGUGAUCGGAAACAGUUUGGCGGCAAUCCAGAAUGGUCUCGAAGAGCUUAAAAAAGGUACCUCCGCAGAAAAACUUGUUAUUGUCAUCUAG